UCCCUCGUCCUUGUGGGCUUCCUACAUCGUAGAAAGCGUCUCAAGGCAGUCACCUAUUCUACUUCUCAGAAUGCCUCCUAGACGAUCUGGAAGAGGACGUGCUGGGCCUACAGGUGGUCCUCCGGGUCCUGCUGCAGGUCGUGGCGGUGCUCCCGCCCUCGGUGCUGCAGCAGGUCAUGGACCUCAGGUACCGGCCCAACAUGUACAGGCUGUCGGUGUUCGGCGGCCACCUCCUGGGAUCUCCGGCAGACGAAUCAUGGUUACGACGAACCACUACGCUGUUGAGAUGGCCACGGGAAAGAUACACCAUUACGACGUGGUGAUUACGCCUGACAACCUCCCCGUAAGGGUGAACUUCUUGCUGGUGACGCGCCUGCAGGAAGUCGUUGCCCCCGCGAUCUUCACCCCGCGUGCUGUGUAUGACGGACGCAAGAACAUGUUCGCCCCGCAGGAGCUCGAUCUCGGGCCCACGCGGAGUGCUUCGUUCGAUGUAACGUUGGAAGACCCAGACCCGAACGACAAACCGGGUAAAGGCCCAAAGAUAUACAAGAUAAAGCUGACCUGGGUAGCUUCUAUCAACUCUGAGGUCUUGGCGCGUUUCUUGCAAGGCCAACAGUCCAAUGACAACACCGUAUUGACUGCGAUAACCGCAUUGAAUGUUGUGAUUAGGAUGCAGCCGUCGCUUAUGCAUCCAUUCAACGCCCGUUCCUUCUUUACUAACGCCGAGACUAGAGACAUCGGCGGCGGUAUCGAAUUAUGGCGCGGAUACUUCCAGUCGAUACGCCCUGCAAUUAGGAGAAUGCUGAUCAACGUCGACAUCUCUACGGCUGCGAUGUACAAGCCGGGCGCUCUCAUGAACACGUGUCUCGCCUUCCUCAAUUACAGUAGCCCCGCCAACCUGGCCCCAGGACCCCGCUUCUCAGAGCGGGAUCGCCUUCGCCUGAGUCGAUUCAUCAGCAACCUUCGCGUCGAUGUACAGGCUCUACCGCCCGUUCAGCCGCAGACAGGGCGUCGUAACCGCAGGCCCCGCGUGAUUAGAGGCGUAACAAGAGCCGCAGCCUCUGGCUACAGCUUCGACCGGAAUGGCCAGCAAAUCACGAUUGUGCAGUACUACCUUCAAGCGUACAACUACACCUUGAGACACCCGAACAUAGUCUGCGUCGAGGUCGGUAACAAGGGCGAUAUUAUACCGAUCGAGCUAUGCAAUGUCAUUCCUGGACAAAUGAUCAAGAAGCAGCUUUCGCCAGACGUCACGAGCAAAUUCGUAGAGUUCUCCACUAAGGUACCUGCUGAACGGCUUCGGAGCGUUCAACAAGCACUGGGGGUACUCGCCCACGGGCAAUCCGAAUAUGUCCGCCAAUUCGGUCUCACAGUACGACCCGACGCACAGCCGCUCAGCACGCCCGCGCGUGUCUUGGAGCCGCCGACAUUGCGGUACGGCAGAGACUCCAAACAACCAACGAUUCAACCGCGCUCUGGGACAUGGAAUCUAGUGGACAGGAAGCUUUAUUCGCCAAAAAGUAUUGAUCGCUGGGUCGUAGUCGUGUACGAGAGUCCGGGGCGCUUCAACAUGCAGACUGCCCAAGGAGUCGUCCGAGAGUUUAUGGCUACCUGCGAUAAAUUUGGCAUUCCUGUUCGGGAACGCGACCCCAUCAUCAGGCACGAGAAUGCACAAGGACGGAUCAUCGAGCAACUGAAGGCCGCUGGCCAGGCCUGCAACCAGAAGAACAAGGGGUUCCCAAACCUCGUUGUUGCAAUCAUUCCCGAUAGUACGGCAGAUCUAUACCACGCCAUCAAGCACUUUGGAGAUGUGCUGACCGGUGUCCCAACGCAGUGCAUGAGAGCUAACAAGUGCGCGAGGGCGAGAGAACAGUACUUUGCGAACAUAUGCCUGAAGGUCAAUGUGAAGCUCGGCGGCAUCAAUUCAAUCCCGGAACCUCGUUCUGUAUCUUUCCUGACAGACCCCACGAACCCGACAGUUGUCAUGGGGGCCGAUGUCAUGCAUCCAUCUCCCGGAGCAACGGACCGGCCUUCAUUCGCGAGCCUUGUCGCUAACGUCGACUCUGACACGUCGAAGUACAUCGCGGAUAUUCGCGUGCAAACUGGGCGAAGGGAGAUGAUCAACGACCUCGAGGAAAUGAGCCAACGCAUGCUGCGCAUGUACAUGGACUACCGGAGGGAUAUCGAGAAGAGAGCCACUCCGACUGCGCCAAAGCGCAUCAUCUUUUAUCGAGACGGCGUCUCUGAGGGAGAGUUCCAGCAAGUAAUAGAUAUUGAGCUUCCGCGACUGCGAAAGGCGUGCCAGAAUUUGAAGAUCAACCCCAAGAUUACCUUGUUGAUCACAGGGAAGCGGCACCAUGUCCGAUUCUUCCCUCAAAACCAGCGAGAUGCAGACAAGAGCGGCAACUGUCAAGCAGGCACCGUCGUUGACGAGGAGAUCGUGAAUCCGAUCGAAUUCGACUGCCAUCCUAAUCUGCUUGCUGCGAUGUCCACGCUGCUGGGUACUUCGCGACCCGCACAUUACACAGUAUUGCACGACGAAAACAACCUCAGCUCUGACGGUCUGCAAGCGCUGACAUUCGCGCUUUGCCAUGUCUACGCUCGCGCGACGAGGUCGGUGUCCAUUCCUGCACCGGUAUACUAUGCACACAUUGUCUGCUCUCGCGCGAAGAUCCACUAUGACCCAACAGGCCAGGUGAAUCUCUCGGAAACGGGGACCAUUGUCUCGGGCGCGGGUGCCGCGACCCUGGAGCAAUACAGGGAGAACUUCAGGCGCGUGCAUGGCAACCAAUCCUUCCUGAUGUACUUCUCUUGAACGUCGUCGCUUCGGAAGACCCUCCGCCGAGUACCUCGCGGACGACGCGCUCUCCGCUUCAUCAUGAAUCUCUUCGAUAUGACCUGCAACUGACAAUUCGUCCUUGAAACCCUGAUGAUAUUGUUCGUCGUUACAAAUCUGUUACACAAGUUACAGUGUAUACUGGUAUCAUGCCACCCAAAGCUGUUUGUUCGAGUCAUCUCCGAAAUAAUGCAAAAACCUUCAUAAAUUCCAACGGCAUCUUCGCUGAAUGAACUCCUUCCACUAUAGUCACAAGGUUGUAUUGUGUAUAUUGACACCUGCGUCCCAUCUCAGUCUGACCCGGAGUGGUUGUGUUAACUUCGACAAUCUCCCUGCCAGUCUCAGUGCUCGCAUCAGCAAAACCGGGGGAAACUGCUAUGGUCGUCGAUAACUUAUCAGGUUAUAGCAGACUUAGUACCGCUUGUAAUGACUUUAUAAGUGGUCUUAUAAGCUCUUGUACGAUCACG